AUGCAAGAAGAAAGUGUUACGAAAUUAAUUGCCUCCUACCAGCGUAAGGAUGAUGGUGAAGAAGUUUGCUUAAGCAAUUUAAAUAUUGUACCAGUGGAAGCUACUGCCUUGUUUCAAUUUCUAAGUUACGUAAACAACUUGCACAAGCUUAAUAUUACUAAAUGUGUCAUGGAGCAUUUGGCUUUCCGUGAAUUCACCAAGUUACUGAUGAAUGAGAAUGAACACUGCCAACUUACUGAAUUAGACAUAAGCCACAAUAAUUUAACACAUGAAAAUGUUAAAUAUUUAAGUAAUGCUCUGAUGAGUGACAAGUGCAAACUUACAAAAUUAGACAUAAGCUACAAUUAUUUAACAAAUGAAGGUACUAAAUAUUUAAGUGAUGCUCUGAUGAGUGACAAGUGCAAACUUACUGAAUUAGACAUACGCAACAGUAAUUUAACAUAUGAAAGUGCUAAAUAUUUAAGUAAUGCUCUGAUGAGUGACAAGUGCAAACUUACUAAAUUAAACAUAAGCCGCAAUAAGUUAACACAUGAAGGUGCUAAACAUUUAAGUGAUGCUCUGAUGAGUGACAAGUGCAAACUUACUGAAUUACACAUAAACCGCAAUAAGUUAACACAUGAAGGUGCUAAACAUUUAAGUGAUGCUCUGAUGAGUGACAAGUGCAAACUUACUGAAUUAUAUAUAAACUACAAUGAUUUAACACAUGAAGGUGCUAAACAUUUAAGUGAUGCUCUGAUGAGUGACAAGUGCAAACUUACUGAAUUAUAUAUAAACUACAAUGAUUUAACACAUGAAAGUGCUAAAUAUUUAA